AUGAUUCCUGAUUUUGAUUAUGGGGGAGUCCCCCUCAACCCUCCUAUACCACUCGCAGGACUUCACACCCUGUUCUACACCACAAGGUUAAUUUUCUGGUUUUUCUCAUCAGUUCCUGCAUCGUUCAUACCGGGACGAACGGGAGCUGGUCUGCUUAUACUUAACGGGUUCACCUUUUAUAUGAAGAAUCAUCAAGCGCACGGGAAGAAGCAGUGGUACUGUUCGUCACGGGACGUCCACGGUUGUCGCGCUGACGUCAUCACGUACAAAGGGAUAUACUAUCUACCCUCGAAUCGGACUGGAAGCAUGGUGCUUAUAUUUAAAGACAACAAGUACUGGAUAAACAAUCGAUAUCAGAACACCAUCAACUGGACCUGCCGAGAUCGUAAACGCCUCGGCUGCAACAGUUGCGUUCAGACUACCGUCGAAGGUCGAUACAUCAAGCAUAAAGGUUUUCACAACCACGAGGACAACUACACCAAAUAUAAUUUCAACGACUGAUAUCUACAGUUUAGUCCGGUUUUGCCAAUUAUAACAUCAGUAGAAAGUUACAGCGCGCAAAAUGAUUGAACUAGCCCUUUAGUAUAUAAUCAAAUACUGUUUUGCCAGCUCUUAUAGUUCAUGAACGUAUAUACUUAAGCUAUGGUAGACCAUAUUUUAGACGUUAUUACCGGUCUUUAUCGUUAAAUCAAAUUCACGCAAGCAGCUUAAAUAAAAGCAAAGCAGAAUAUCAUAUAAUACAUAAAAUGUUAAUUGGCUAUAUUGGACUAAAAUUACAUAGGUUAUAUAUAUUU